AUGAUUGUAUUAGCGUUUGCGAUAUUUGCUUUUAUUUCAUUAUUAUGUUUUUGUACAUUAGCAUAUGUCAGACAGAGAUCGUUAAGAGACUUUCCCGGUCCCAAACCUAAUUUAUUUUUAGGAAACCUUUAUAUGGUAAUAUUUAAGCCUUUAUCCGAAUACCUGGAUAUAAUGAUGGAAUUACAUGACAUGUAUGGUCCGAUAGUAAGAAUUCACGAUGGACCUCUAAGUACCGCUCUUUUCAUUAAAGACGUUAAAUUGAUCGAACACAUAUUAAGUUCAACAAAGCUAAUAAACAAAGGGAAGCAAUAUAAGUUCCUGCAUAAAUGGUUAUCAACGGGACUAUUAACAAGUACAGGUACAAAAUGGAAACAACGCCGAAAGAUUUUAACUCCAGCUUUUCAUUUUUCAAUACUUGAAAAUUUUGUACAUGUUUUCGAAACCAAUGGAAAUGUUUUUAUUGAUCUUUUAAAAAAGGAAGUUGACAAACCCAGCGUAGAUAUUAACCCUUUUGUUGCAUUGUGCACUUUGGAUAUUAUUUGUGAAGCUGCAAUGGGCAUCAAGCUGAAUUCUCAAGUUACAAAAACCUCUGAGUAUGUAAGAAGCGUUAAAGAAAUAUGCAACAUUUUCGGAAUAAGGCUAUAUAGUAUCAUUCAUCCAUUUUUAUAUCCACUAACGUUAAACUAUUUUGUUGAAAAAAGAGCAAUAAAGAUAAUUCAUGCUCACACAGAUAGUAUUAUAGAACAAAGAAUUAGAGAACGUACUAAAUGUGUUAGUGACAAAAAUGGUGUAUAUGAACUUAGUCAUAAAAAUGACGUCGAUGAGUUUAACCAGAAAAAAAGGUUAGCAUUUUUGGAUUUAUUAUUAGAAAGCACAAUAGAUGAAAAGCCUCUGAGUCGACUGGAUAUAAGAGAAGAAGUAGACACAAUUAUGUUUGGGGGUCAUGAUACAACAUCGUCUGCUAUUAGUUUUGCUUUGUAUUCAUUGGCAAAUAAUCCAGAAGUUCAGCAAAAGGCGUAUGAGGAACAAAAAUCCCUUUUUGCUGAUUUAAAAACAGCUAAACCAACUAUUGCACAUUUAAAGGAUAUGAGAUAUUUAGAGCUAGUAAUCAAGGAAACUCUAAGAUUAUAUCCUUCUGCACCGUACAUAGGACGGGAAUUAUCUGAAGAUGUAGAGUACGAAGGAAAAGUAUUACCAAAGGGACUUACUGUAGGAUUAUUUAUAUUCGCAGUACAUCGGGAUCCAGAAUACUUUCCAGAUCCGUUAAAAUUUGAUCCCCAGAGAUUUGAAGAUACACGGGGAACAAACCCUUAUGUCUAUACUCCGUUUAGUGCAGGGCCCAGAAAUUGCAUUGGUCAAAAGUUUGCUAUGCUGGAAAUGAAGAGUAUCAUAUCAAAAGUAAUAAGAAACUUUGAGAUAUAUCCUUCAACGACUCAAAAGGAAUUGCAGUUAUCACCAGAAAUAAUCCUUGUGUCAAAGAAUGGAGUGUGUAUAUCAUUGAAAAAUAGACUGUAG